CUCAACUUCAUGGCGUCAGUUUAUCAGCUUUCACGCCAUUUUCUAGUUGUUGUGUGUCUUUCAUGCCGGCAUAGGUUAUAUUUCUGAAUUCGAAUAUAAAUGGCUGCGAAAGGUAAUAUAAAAAUAACAGAUUUGAAAGUCGCAGAUUUAAAGGCAGAAUUAGAGAAAAGAGGUUUAGACAAAUCUGGCGUAAAAUCAGUCUUGAUCGAAAGAUUGAGAAAUGCUCUAGAAGACGAAGGUUUCGAUCCUGAUGACCAUGAAUUUGAAAGUCAUUCUGAUACUAUUACUAUGAAGAAUUCGAAGCGGAAAAGUGAUGCUGAGGAUGAAGAAAUGGAUACUUCCGAAGGGAAAGAUAUUUCUGAUAAAUCUCUGAAUUUAGAUCGUGAUGAUGAGGAUACUCCAUGUAGCGAUGAAGAAAUGGAUGAUUAUGGGAAACAUAAAGAAGACACCGAAAGUGCUCGAUUUAAAAUGACACAAUCACGACAAGAUUCACAGAUGAAAGCAAACGAUACGGAAGAUAUUGACCCAAACAGUGAAGUAUCAAAAAAUGAACCGGCAGAAGAGGAAUCGAAAAAAGAAGUUUCUUCAAAUGAAAAUGUUACUUCCUCGUCAGAAGCAGCAGAAUCUGCCGAUGCUAAGAGUGGUAAGAAAGUUUUAAAAGUUAUUGGUAAAGAUAAAGUGCAGCAAGUAGCUUUGACUGCUAGAACACUUUGGGUUACUGGUUUGGCUAGUACAUCUAAGGUUUCUGAUUUAAAAAAUCUCUUUAGUAAACAUGGAAAGGUUACUUCUGCUAAAAUAGUUAGGAGUACAAAAGGUACCCAACGUAAGUGGUAUGGCUUGCUGACAAUGGCCACUAGUAAAGAUGCUUCUAAAUGCAUUCAGAAGCUACACCGUACAGAAUUUGGUGGUCAUGUGAUAUCAGUUGAAAGGAGACAGACUGCUCCAAUAGUCAAAAAAUCUGAUGCAUCUUCUGUUAAGAAACCAGUUGCAAAAGGUGAAAUUAAAGAUUCUGCUUCCACAAAAUCUGAUGAUGUUAAAAAACCUAUGUCUGUUGAUAACGACAAACAAUCUGAUGAAGAAGAUGAUAAGGAAAAAAGUGAUGAUGAAAGAGGAAGCAAAGAGAGGGGUUAUCGUGGCUAUGAAGGCAAGCCAUAUUUUAGAGGAAGAUUUAGUAGAGGUUCAUUCAGAAGACCUUUUGGAAGUUUCAGAGGAAGAGGAUCUUUUAGAGGGCGUGGUCGCUUUGCUGGAUUUAGACGUCCAUUUGGAAGACCUCCACCAUUUGAACGUUCCGGUUUUCGUCCAUUUUCAAGAGGUAGCUUCCGCCAUGAUUAUCCUCACAGAGGUGAGCGCAUGCCUCCUAGAGAUUAUAUUAGAGAAAGGGAAGAUAGAAUUCAUGAUCGUGAUGAGGAAAUGUUUCGUCAUAAAAUCAUUGUGCGCAAGCAAAAAGAAGAAGCUUACAGAUUGGAACGGGAAAAACAUCAGCUCAGAAUGGAAAGAGAAAUGCUAGAAAGAGAAAAGGCAGAAAUGCUUAAACUUGAACGUGCAAAGCAGCGAAUGGAAAGAGAACAACUGGAAAUGGAGCGAGAAAAAUUGCGUCGUCAAUCUCAAAUGACUCAUCCGGCUAAAAGGCCUUUUAAUCGGAGAGGUGGAGGUCCUCCUCAUGCUUGGGCAGAAAAACGUCGUGAAUCUACUUCUCCCUAUGAAGGACCUUCUCCUAGUUUCCAUCGUGAAAAAUUUGGCAAUGAAGGAAAAUUUGCAUAUAAUCGCGAGAAUCAAAACUUUAGAAAACCAGACUUCCCUCAUGGAGAUUUUAGAAGGGAAAAGAUGGAUGCGCCACCUCCCCACCCAAAAUUUGCAGAACGAGAAGAAAGACGAGAGGUCACUUAUCACAGUGCCCCUGAGAGACGUGUAUAUUCUCGAAGUGAAUUUAGAGGACCACCAGAAACUAGUUCUCCACGUGAGAGCUCACAUUUUGUUCCCAGAAACAAACCUCCUCGAGAAGAAUGGAAAUUUCAGGAGCGUAGGAGUGGUGAAAAACCAAGUUAUCCGCCCCGAGGCCGUAAAAUGGGAUAUUAUUAAGAAAGGAGAUUCUUGCACUUAAUAUUCCAUAAUUCAUACAUUUUGAAAGAUUGCUUUAACUUUCAAUUGAAACUGGAAAUUCUUUAUAAAUUUUUAUUCAUCCAGAGACUAGUUCAUCAAAAAAAAUAUAGUAUGCAUUAAUUUGUCUUAAGAAUACUUUGUUUCAAGUCAUUUGUAGGGGAAAAAAAUCUUUGUGUUUCAAUGUUUGAUGUUUUUAGGAUGGUUUAUUAGUUUAUGUGAAGUCUUUUCAUUGUGAUCAAAUAUUCAUUUGUAAAAGUUGUCAUUACCCACAUAUGAAUGAAAUUUUCCCAUGUAAAUGUAAUAUUUUCCUGCAAAUAGCAUUGAUUUCCUUAUUAUAAAGUGGCUUUGUACACUCUGAAGAUUUAUAUUUCACAAAGGAACCUGUUUGAUGAACUAAGAACUGAUGUUUAUUAGUAGAGAUUCAGAAAAUAAUCAGAUGUUUUCUUUUUUAACAAAAUGAGCGAUAUAUGCUCAUUGAUAUUGUCUAAAGUUUGUAGAGCAAGUUGAAAUUCAAUGAUAUAUAUCUCCAUUAUGUAUUGUAAACGAUUUGUGCUUUAUGAAAAUAUUAAAAGUGAAAUAUUCCAAA